AUCAUCAUCAUCAUUACGCCGAACACGCACGGCCAGUGUCUGACAGCGCGUCAUGUGACUUCGCCUCAUUGUGUCCAACAACAGAAACGGUUCAGACACACACGGAGAGCCAGAGAGGAAGAGAGAGACACAUACACAGCAGGACAGAAAAGACGAGGACGAGUUUAAUCUGAGCACCAUGACCCUCCGGGACGAACUUUUAAAGUCCAUAUGGCACGCCUUCACAGCUCUGGAUGUGGACAAAAGCGGGAAAGUCUCCAAAUCUCAGCUGAAGGUGUUGUCACACAACUUAUGCACAGUGAUGAAGAUCCCACAUGACCCCGUCGCACUGGAGGAACACUUUAAAGAUGACGACGAGGGUCCCGUCUCCAACCAGGGAUACAUGCCAUACCUGAACAAGUUCAUCCUGGACAAGGUGACGGAUAACUUUGACCGUCAGGACUUCAACAGAAUGUGCUGGACUUUGUGCUCCAGGAAGAACCUGGAUCAAAGCCAGCUGUUCAUCUCCAACGAGGAUGCCUUCAAGAUCUGGUGCAUCUUCAACUUCCUGUCAGAGGACAGAUAUCCGCUGAUCAUCGUCACCGAGGAAAUUGAGUACUUCCUGCGAAAGCUGACGGAGGCGAUGGGGGGCAGCUGGGUGGAGGAGCGCUUCGAGGACUACAAGCUUCAGCUGAACUGCAAGCAGCAGUGCCUGAACGCCUGGGAGCUCAUCAUCCUGGUGGGGUCGGGUCACUUCAGUAAAGGCAUGGACAUCCAGACGCUGUCCAUGGGCAUCAGCGAGGUCUACCAGGAGCUCAUCCUGGACGUCCUCAAACAGGGCUACAUGAUGAAGAAAGGUCACAAGAGGAAGAACUGGACGGAGCGCUGGUUCAUGCUGAAGCCCAACUCCAUCUCCUACUAUGUCGGAGAGGACCUGGCAGAAAAGAAAGGAGACAUCAUUUUGGAUGGAAACUGCACUGUGGAGCCUUUACCAGAUAAAGAGGGAAAGAAGUGCCUCUUCUUCAUCAAGUCGUCACAAAAAAGCUUUGAAAUCAGCGUGUCGGACAAGAAGAAGAAGCAGGAGUGGAUCCAGGCCAUCCAGACCUGUGUGAACCUGCUGCGCCAGGACCGACCGGCGCCGCACCGCGAGUCCCGUCAGAAGCGCCGCGAUCUUCGUCUGAAGCAGCAGGCCGACCAAGAGGAGCUGGAGCUGAGGAUGAGGGAGCUGCAGACGGCAAACGAGGUCAAGCAGCUCGAGCUGGAAAACAUGAGGAAGGCUCUGGAGGAGGCAGCAGCAAACGCAGCAGAAGAAGAACGAAGGCGUCUCCAGACCCAAACUGAACUCCAAGACCGUUACAGGAUGGAUCUGGAGAGAGAAAAAAUGGUACGACAGCAGAUGGAAGAGCAGGUGGCCCAGAAGUCCACAGAGCUGGAGCAGUACCUGCAGCGAGUCCAGGAGCUGGAGGACAUGUACCGACGACUGGAGGACGCUCUGGAGGAUGAGAGGCACGCCAGACAGGACGAGGAGGCGGUCCGCAGGCUGCAGGCACGGUUACUGGAGGAAGAGGCCAUGAAGAGAGCAGAGCUGGAACAGAUCCACCUGCGGCAGCAGCGAGCCAUCUCAGAGACGGAAGCUGAGAAGCAGGAGCUGGAGAAGGAGCGUCUGGCCAAGGAGAACGCCCUGCAGGCUGCAAUGAAACAACUGGAGCAGCUGGAGCAAGACAGGCAGGGGGCGCUGGAGCAAUACCAGACGGUGGUGAGGAAGCUGGAAGAUGCAACCAACAACACAAAGUCCUGGAAGCACAAGGUGGCUGAACACGAAGGCUUGUUACGGCUCAUUCAACCAGGCUCCAAGGGGCAGCAGAUGAUCACAAACUGGGGCCCAGCAGCCUUUUCUGACGCUGAGCUCAGUCUAAGGCAGAAGAAAUGGCAGGAAAGUAAGAACCAGGCAACUCAGGCUCAGUAGAGCCGCUGUAACUUCUGAGCCUUAGACAUGUCUACAACUUGGAAGAAAAGACAAGAGAGGGCUGCUGGGAUAUAUGGUGUCUGAUAAAACAUAUCGAAGUCUUGGCUGGAAGCUGUUCUCUGGUAACUGGAUUUACAGUUGAAUCCAAAUUUACUAUGAUAAUAUCAGACGUGUUGCAGAAACAUGUUAAGGGGCAUUAAGUAAUCUAUUACUUUUAUCCCUUUUAGCAAUCUUUAGGGCUACCAUGUACUGGAGGAAACUCCUCUGGCACCCCCUUUAAUUUGAGUUAGCCUGCAAUGACAGAGACUUAAUCCACAUUUCUACAUUAUGAGGAUUAAGCUCACUAAUUACUACAGAGAUCCAACAAAAAUACUAAAUAAAAAUGUGAGAACACCAUGAAAAUGCUGGAAUAAUAAUAGCUUUUUUGUUUCCAUUUCUAAUUUGUUUCUUAAACGUCACUUGCUGGUUGGUUGUUUUUGUUCCAAAAUGGUGUGUGGGAAGUAAAAUGAAUUGUAAAGGCUCAGUUGAGUCAAUAAUAUAUAUAUAUGUAAUCCUAAGAACCACCACAGAUGCAGUACAUUAGUCAUUUUGGGCUUCAGAGCAGAAAAAUAACUUUAAAUAAUGCCUUGACCCUCUUGAUUUUUCAAUGGUUUUAACACUGAUCCAAUAUUUAUCAAGUGUUACCUGACCUGCUGAAACACCAGUCCUAGCAAACAGUGUGAAAAUACAUAGAACAAACGGACAAAGUUAGAGAGACAUGGAGUUCAUCUACUAUAGAUUUUACACAAAGUUGAUAGUAUUUUAUAGUCUAUUAACUGCGAAGACUAAAAUCCAACCAGGCUAACAAUAUAGAAUAUUUUAAUCUGGUGAUUUUAAAAUGUGCAGCUUAUCUUUAAGUCACGAGUGGAAAAGCCACCACUACCUUUUAUCAUUUGUUCCAUUAAGUCCUGACUGUCUGUUCGUAUCUGUGAAAUGCACUACUUUUUACCAUAGUCAGACCUGUUGCAGUUGACGGAUAACAAAUGGCUUCAGCAUGUUUCAGGUUGUUAAGUAAAGGACAGGUAAAGCUGUAGUCCUCCUCUAAGAUCUGUGAGAAAGCAUGAACUACUGAAACUGUUACAAACUACUAUCUUUUCUGUGAUUAUCGUCUUCUUAACUCUUUAGGAUCAUUUUAAAUGAAAAUAAGGGAUUUUUGUAAAUAUUUUAAGAGUGGUUACCAUUAUUGGAGCCGUUUAUGUUCUCCUUCUUACUAAAUAGGCCGAAUGAAGGCAGCAUCAAUAGCACCUGAGGAUGACCUGUCUAAUGUAAAAAUCAAUGUUUAACAAAGCUGUCUUCAAAAACACAUCCUCUAAUUAAGAUACGAUGUGUGACUCACUCAGUCUCUUAUCAUCAUCAUCAAGUGCCUUUUUUCCUGCAGUUUGUCUGACCUUGGUUCAUCUGUCUAAAUAUCGAAUUUUUAAACAUUUCCUGCUUGUAAACACUGUGCCAGAAAUAGGGCAUUUUGUCAAAGUGUCACUCCAAACAUGAAUGCUAACUGCCGAACAUUUGUACCGUGUUGUUGUACUGUAACCAUCAGUGCCUUUAUACUGUCAUGAGUGAACGUUGUGAUUUCUAUUUUGUUUUUAUAUAUAUAUGUAAAAAGCUGAAGACUGAACUAUGUAAUAAAACAUGUCUUGAAUAACUGG